AUGAGAACGCGAGUCGACUCUCCUAUAGACGGUAAAACGAUUGUUACACCCCUGGACAUUGGGUCAACAGUAGCUGGCAUGGAGAUUCCCUUCUCCAUAAGCCCAACGAUGGGCAACAUCUCUAUGAUGGACUUUCCCAUGAUACAGGAUGCCAGAUACCUAUCUUCGCCAAGCCAGGACUCACUGUUUGUGCCUAAAGCACAGCCACCAUCUCGGCUCUCUGGACCUGGGUUUACUUCCGCACCACACAACAGCCGUGUUCAGAAAACGCCGAAGAUAAUUCGUUCUCGGCAUAAUGCACCGGGGAUACAAGAUGCUCUCUCCACUAUCAAGGCCGCUCCUGGCGCGUCUGGAAGUAACCAUGUCAAGAUUCAAAAGUCCUCACAGGGUUCUUCUUUAUCCAAUGCACCCCAGACUAAGGCUGAGCAGCAAGCGCUAGAGCUCAAGAGGAAAUCUGAACACCGCUUGCAUUCGCCGGAGCCUGUGGACAUUGAGAGUCGCAUACUAGAGUUGCUGCAAAAGGCCAACCGCGACGAUAGAUUUAGGAGGCCGUCCAAGUCUGAGAAGAAUGAUGCAUUGUUAAAGAUGAUGGCUGAGCUUGUCAACAAAGGCCCAAGAACCCCCGACACAGAACAGCGUCGCUCCAGCAAGAGCUCUUCAAACAAUGACAAGACAUGUCCGAUGUCUGGCUGCGAAUUUGCGGUCGCUCGUGAUUGCGAUCUGCGUAAGCAUAUCAAGCGACAUAACAGGCCUUAUGGAUGCACAUAUCCCAAGUGCCACAAACGCUUUGGCGCAAAGUCAGAUUGGAAGCGCCACGAGAACAGUCAGCAUUUCCAGCAGGAAGCCUUCCGCUGCGGCCAAGAACUUCAGACAGGCCAGGUCUGUGGUGUGCAUCUAUACCGCGAAGGAGCGUUCAAGAACCACCUGGAGAGGGAGCAUAAGAUGGCAUGUGAAGUUGCUCAAGAGAGUGUCAACCUCCGCAGGAUUGGCAAGAACUGCCAAGGUACCUUCUGGUGUGGCCUGUGCAAAGAUAUAGUGCAGCUCAAAGAGCGGCGCAAUGCAGCUUGGGAUGAGCGGUUCGAUCACAUCGCGCGUCACUUCGAGAAGGAGAGGAGAAAUAUCGAUGACUGGAUCUGUGCUGAAGAGAACCGACCGAAGAAAGAGCUGCUAGAAGAGAAGAAGAAACGAGACUACUUUGACGAUGAGGACGAGAGAGACAAGGACGGCGAUGUGGAUGCCGCCGGAGACGUUGAUGACGAUAUUCCACAGCCGCGGCCGCCGCAUCAUCCUCCUCCUCCGAUCAACAUACCCAGUGAUAUCGCGCUAGGAACUGCAGUAAAACGACAGCGUUCAGAAGAUUCGGCAUAUGGCGAACGACACCCAAAGCGAAGACAAACGACCAUGGUAACAAAUCGCUAUUGUUGCACAUCUCUCGAGAAGUUCCGUGACGCGGCCUUGCGACCAACAACCUCACCUUCCUUAACUUCUCCUGCAAACAUGGCUGCCGCCGUAGAUGACGGGCAGCUGCUCAAGCAGGCGACUGGCCGCAACACUCGAGGCUUGCUCCGGGUGAUUAUCUUGUGCCUCAUCGCUGCCGCCGCCGUAAGCAGUCGUCUGUUCUCCGUUAUUCGCUUUGAAAGCAUCAUUCACGAGUUCGAUCCGUGGUUCAACUUCCGAGCGACGAAAUACCUUGUACAGAAUGGCUUCUACAGCUUCUGGGACUGGUUCGACGACCGAACAUGGCACCCUCUUGGACGAGUCACGGGUGGUACUCUCUACCCCGGACUGAUGGUCACCAGCGGUGUCAUCUACCACGCCCUCCGCGCUCUCGCCAUGCCCGUCGACAUUCGAAACAUCUGUGUCCUCCUCGCGCCUGCCUUCUCGGGUCUUACCGCGCUCGCGACUUACCUCCUGACCUCCGAGAUGGUCCCGUCGCCCUCCGCCGGUCUGCUCGCCGCAGCCUUCAUGGGCAUCACCCCCGGUUAUAUCUCGCGAUCCGUCGCAGGAAGUUACGAUAACGAGGCCAUUGCCAUCUUCCUGCUUGUCUUCACCUUCUUCCUGUGGAUCAAGGCAGUCAAGCUCGGAUCCAUGUUCUGGGGUGCAUUGACUGCGCUGUUCUACGGAUACAUGGUGUCAGCGUGGGGUGGAUACGUCUUCAUCACCAACUUGCUGCCCCUGCACGCUUUCGUCUUGAUCUGCAUGGGACGAUACAGCCCGAGGUUGUAUGUCAGUUAUACUUCGUGGUAUGCGCUUGGCACGCUUGCGAGUAUGCAGAUUCCCUUCGUCGGUUUCUUGCCCAUCCGCAGUAGCGAGCACAUGUCCGCGCUUGGCGUCUUUGGCCUCCUCCAGCUGGUGGCCUUUGUCGACUGGGUUCGCGCACAGCUUCCCGGCAAGCAAUUCCAGACGCUUCUCCGCGCUCUGGUUCUGAGUGUCUUCCUCAUCGGUGUCGGAGGACUGGUGCUUCUUACCGUUUCUGGUGUCAUUGCGCCCUGGACUGGCCGCUUCUACUCGCUUUGGGAUACCGGAUACGCCAAGAUUCACAUUCCUAUCAUCGCCUCCGUUUCCGAGCACCAGCCUACCGCAUGGCCCGCUUUCUUCUUCGAUCUCAACAUGAUGAUCUGGCUCUUCCCCGCCGGUGUCUACCUGUGCUUCCGCACUUUGACUGACGAGCAGGUCUUCAUUGUCAUCUACGCUGUGCUCGCCAGUUACUUCGCUGGUGUCAUGGUCCGUCUCAUGCUCACUUUGACUCCCAUUGUCUGCGUUGCAUCGGCAAUCGCUUUCUCGCAGAUUCUCGACACCUACCUCGACGUCAAGACCCCCAAGCCCGUCACCGAGAACGGCAGCACCGAUACCGCUGCAGUCGCUGCUGCAGCUAUCCUUCCCGAGGGUCUCCGAUCUACACGCAACCCGCUCGUCGGCAUCUACUCGUAUGCCUCCAAGCUUACCGUCGCCGGAACCGCCGCCAUCUACCUCAUGCUGUUCGUUCUGCACUGCACAUGGGUCACUUCGAACGCCUACUCUUCGCCGUCCGUCGUGCUCGCAUCCAGACUUCCUGACGGUAGCCAACACAUCAUCGAUGACUACCGUGAGGCAUACUACUGGCUCAGGCAGAACACCCCUCAGAACGCCAAGAUCAUGUCGUGGUGGGACUACGGAUACCAGAUUGGUGGUAUGGCCGACCGCCCAACCCUUGUCGACAACAACACCUGGAACAACACGCACAUCGCUACCGUCGGUAAGGCUAUGAGCUCCAGGGAGGAGGUCAGCUACCCCAUCAUGCGUCAACACGAGGUCGACUACGUAUUGGUCGUCUUUGGUGGUCUACUUGGCUACUCUGGAGACGACAUCAACAAGUUCCUCUGGAUGGUCAGGAUUGCCGAGGGUAUCUGGCCCGAUGAGGUCAAGGAGCGCAACUUCUUCACUCCACGAGGCGAGUACCGUGUGGACGAGGAGGCUACCCCCACUAUGAAGAACAGCUUGAUGUACAAGAUGUCUUACUACAACUACAACGCGCUGUUCCCCGCCGGACAAGCCCAGGACCGUGUCCGUGGCGCGCGUCUCCCCGCUCAAGGCCCCGAGCUCAGCACCAUCGAAGAGGCCUUUACCAGCGAGAACUGGAUCAUCAGGAUCUACAAGGUCAAGGAUCUUGACAACUUUGGUCGCGACCAUCAAAGCGCCGUAUCGUUCGACAAGGGCCACAAGAAGAAGCGGUCCACCAAGAGGAAGGGACCUAGGGUAUUGAGAGUUGAGUAG